CUCUAUUUGUCACACUCGUCGACGUCGCGAGCGGGACCAAAGAUACCUACAAAGCGACGUCGCUCGCUGUGUGAGACUAGAACGAGUGUGUUUGUACUAAUAAAUCGUGUGCUGUGUGCUCGUCUGGAGAUCGAGCGACGCGAUGAGAUAUUCAUUUGUCGUUCUUCCUGUAUGCUUACUGUUUGUAUCGAUCACCCAUGGAGUCUACCGUUGUGGUAGAGGACCCCACCAACUUGCAUUAAGUUCAGAGUCGUUUACUGUCUAUCAAAGGCGGCACUGGAUUGUUGCUAUUGGUCAUAACAACAGUGCAAAUGCCAUGAACGUUCUACACUGGAUAUUGAAUCCGGCAACCACCCAGAUUUCUGAAGAAGAAUUGGCAAAAAUUGCUAACGCCCAGAGCAAACUCAUUAAUAUUGCGAGACAAACCAGGCAACUGAGAGUGAACGUUACGCAGAAGCUUGAUGGUUUGAACGUCGCAUUUCAACUUGAGCACUCCAACGGCAAUAACGCUAAUAUUACGCAUGAACGGAGUCCCUGGGUUACCGUGAAGCUUGGAGCUGAUCCAGAAAUAGUCUUAAACAAGAGUAAAGCAACUACAAACAACAGUGAAGUAAACUUCAAAAUAUGUGGAAACGUUAGUGGCAUCCCUCCUCCUGCUGUUACAAUCAUCUCUCCUUUAUCAAACAACACAAUAAUUCCAGAAUCUCUGUACGUAAAAAAUGGCAACUGCUGGACGUUUAACAAUUCUAUCAGACAACUUGGGCACAAAUUUAUAAUGAUUGCAAGCAACUGCCUGUCUAGCGCAAGCACACCAUUUCUUAUCGAAGUAAAGCCUACAAUUCAUAUAAAUAUCCAAAAGUCAAAUGGAUGUUUCUAUCAAGGCUGUAAAGAACCAGUCCUGGUAGGCUAUGUUCAUCAAAACAUUGCAAUUCCAAUCACAAUCAGUGAAUUUCCCUCUUCAAUGAUCACAUGGACAAAAUUCAAAGACGAAAACAAGGAAAACGUGGAACUCAAGAAUCUAGUCAUACAAAGAAAUCAUACUCACAUGAUUCUAAAAGAUACUAAAAGCAGUAAUUCUGGUUGGUAUCGAGUAAAGGCAAACAACACUUAUGAAACUAGUGAAAGGACAUUUCAGUUGGUAAUAAUAGAGGACAAGAAUUUAGUAGUUAAGUGUGACUCUGCAAAUUUCACAAAGAAAAUCUGUGCUCUUCAAGAGAGCUUGAACUCAAACAACCUAUUCUCUAAUGUCCCAUACAAUUUGCCUCAUUCGACUACACCUACAGAUGAAUGGAUGAUACUGAAAGGAAACACUCAGCAAGUUCAUGAGAAAGUCUCGCCCACUUCCAAUUUUCAAAAUGUUACAGAAAGCAACCCGGCAGCUAAACUUCCAACAGAGAUGACAGCGGGUACAGCAAAAUCUGGUAAUUCUAACAUCGAUAGAGAUAUACCAAUUUGGCUUAUUGGUGCUGCCUGUUCGGUGUUUGGAAUUAUGGCAAUCUGUAUCAUUGUACUGUCUUGUCAUCUUGUCAAACAAAGAGCACGGAAGAUUGCCUCAAUGAAAGAUGCAGUCAAAGCUCAACCAAAAUGGGCAAAUGAGAAUUUCAUGGUAGAAGAAACCAACCCUGCUCUAGAACAAAUUCCACCCCAAAUUCCUAAAAGUCAAACGUCACCUCCCUCGUGUGAGAAACGAAUCGAAAGACAAAUACGCAAGGGACGCAAAGUAAGAUUUACUGCAGGAGAAGCCAUGAGCCAAAGACAAUGUCCAACGUACAGCAAACUAUGGCCAACAAACAGCAGCCCAAAGAGCCCCAUGGCACCAAAAAAAACAACCAACGAGCCACAGUAUGAUACAAUCUGUGAAGCGUCAUCUAGUAAUAAAUUUAAAAUAAAUUUGGAGCACAUCGACACCCCAGAGAGGAACUCCGAGUAUCCAGAACUAGAGUUUGUCUACACAACACUCUAGUGUGAAAAGAAUCAAGGUACUUGACAAAAUCUUACAGCUAGCAUGCAUGUAACUUUCGAUUAAAAAUUGUAGCAGAGCUAGCAGCGAUACCUUCCUUGAUAUUGAUUUAUAGUUAAAUUUGAUGUAUUGAAUAGACUGUUGUAGCAACUGUUAAACUCUGAAUUUAGUAGCUAUACAAGCUUUAGUAUCUACAGAUUAGAGUAAUAGAUGUACUCUGAGCUGCUUUAAUGCGCACACUUGU